UCAGCUCAAAACUCUCCUUUCACCUUCCUCUUCUCUCUCUACUCUCUCAUUUCUUCUACUCUCUCCACUCUCUCUCUCUCUAAAGUUUCAGCCUCUUAGUUAUUCAGAAAUUUUAGUCUCUCUAUUCCGUUUCUAAAAUAGUAAUUACUACUACGUCGUAUUUAUGUGAGUAACAAAAACGUUUUGGGAAUGAAUUUAAACAAUUCAUCUCGAAUCAAAUACAAAGACCACCGGAAAGUUAUCAAAAUGCCUCGUAUUGUUCGUGUUUUCGUCGCCGACGGCGAUGCCACGGAUUCAUCCAGCGAUGAAGAGGAUAAUACUAGGAUAGUGAAGAAGCAUGUUAUUGAGAUCAAAAUUCAAACUUGUUGCAACAAAACAGAAAACAAAAAUCGCAGUGGAGGUGUGAAGAAGAUCAGGCCGGACCGUCCUAAGAGACCAACCAAGCAGUGUUUGGCAAAUGGCGGCAAAAAGUUUCGCGGCGUUCGGCAGAGGCCGUGGGGGAAAUGGGCGGCGGAGAUUCGAGAUCCGUCGCGGCGAGCUAGGGUUUGGUUAGGCACCUUCAACACUGCUGAAGAGGCCGCUUUGGUUUAUGACAAGGCUGCGAUUCGAAUACGAGGACCGGACGCUCUCACAAACUUCAUCAAACCUCCGAUCAUACCUUCAUUACCGGAAAUUCAUGUAGAAUCAGUUUCCGGUUAUGAUUCCGAGAAGCAGUCUCCGACCUCUGUUCUUCGGAUUGCUCCUACUGAAAAACUAGAGACUGUAAAACCGAAACCUCCGGCCAAAGUUUCAUUGCCGGAGAUUGAUGUAGCCCCAAUUUCUGACUGCGAUUCCGAGGAAUCGUCCCCAAUUUCUGUUCUUCCGAUUGAUUUUGCUGAAAAAACAGAGUCGGUUAAAGAAACAGAGAUAAAAAAGGAUUUCGAAAUAGAAACGGAGAUAAAAAAGGAUUUCGAAACAGAGAUAAAAAAGGAUUGGAAAUCGUUUGAACAAGUUACGGAAGAUAAGAUUUUUUCAGAUGACUGUUGGCCGUUGGAUACAUGUUUGUGGAAUGAACCUUUUGAUUUCCGGUCUCCAAUAUUGCCAAUAUUGCCGAUUGCGUUGGACGAAGUUUGCUGCGAUGCUUUGGUGAAUUUAGAUGGAGAUUUGAGUUCUUGUAAAUGGGAUGUAGAAGAUUUCUUUUAAAAUAUUAUGUUAUUCAAGUGGUUCUGGGGAAAGAAUUUAGGUACAUGUAUAUAUAUAUUUUUUUUAGCUUUUCAGAGUUUUAAUCCUAAACUCCUUUUGAUCAUGUGCGUACAAGUUAAAGAAUUUCGUAGCAUUAUGUAUUUGAGGAAAAUGAUAGAAGUCGUACAAGUCAUUUUGAAAAAUAUGAAAAUUUUGUAGCAUUUUGAAAUGGUAAAAAGAUAGAAGUCCCG